AAAAAUAAUCAUUUAAAAAUAAUAUUAAAUUAAUAAAUGUUCAACUCACCAAUGCCAUGUUAGCAUUCCGUCAGUGACACUAACAGAAGUUUGAUGUGAGGGACCUUUUAGAACUAUUUUCCAAAGAUCGGGGCCUUAGAAACCUAUCCUCAAACGCGGGGACCAAAAUUGUAUUUUACCCUAUUUCAUAAUAUGUCUCUAAAAGUCCCUUUAAUCUUUGUUUAGGACAUUAUGCUAUAGCAGUUGCCAUUAUAGGCACUGCACCAUCGCCUGAUUCAUCAAUGCUGCAAGACCAUGUACAGCCAGUUGUUUCUACUGUGGAUUCAGAUUCUGACAUAAUCGAGGGCCCAUCACGAAUAUCCCUUAAUUGCCCAAUAAGCUAUACCCGAAUCAAGGUUCCUGUGAAAGGUUGUUCUUGUAAACAUCUUCAGUGCUUUGAUUUUGAUAACUUCAUUGACAUAAAUUCAAGAAGACCAUCCUGGCGAUGCCCACAUUGUAACCAGUACAUUUGCUAUUUGGAUAUUCGUGUUGAUCAAAAUAUGUUGAAGGUCCUUAGAGAAGUGGGAGAGAACGUCACUGAAGUGAUUAUUUCAGCUGAUGGAUCAUGGAAGGCCAUCCUAAAUGAUUAUGGGGAUGGUCGGCCAUUGGAAGAUUCUCUCAAAAACCAGAAUGGAGGGGCACAGCAAGAGUCUACUGCUCCUCCUGACGUGUUAGAUCUUACUGAAGUUGAUGAUAAUAUGAACAUCUGCAAUCUUGAGACUGAAGACAGAAAACCUUGUCUUAGUAAUAAAAACCAACCGGUUUCUUCGAGUUUAAAUAUAUCAUCUGGAAUGAACAGGAAUAGCUUAAAUCAAAAUUUUGCUGCUGUCUUGGAGGAUGACUUUUGGUCUGGAAUAGAUGAGACUUUGACCUCUAUUACUAGGUCAGAUGCUCCAUUGGGUAAUAGCACGCCUGCAACUAGUUCUGCUGAUCUUAUGCAAUCCGCUGUCUUGACCGAAGCUGUCGCACCUGUUCUUAAUCAUGGUGUGGGGGUUCCAGGACAUGCCGCCUUUUCAUCUCCUGCAUUGCAUGAUCAAAAUUUGCAGGUUCAAGCUUUGAACUCAAAUGAAAAUAAUCAGUAUGGGAGGAUGACAUUAAUACCAAGACCUGUCAGCAGGACUCCAGUUACAGUUCAAGCCCUUCCUGCUCAGUCCCAAGGAUCAGGCCAGCUGUAUAGUUUAAGAACCUCAACAAUUUCCUCAGCUCCACAAGUUGGACACGGUUUAAAUACAAUAACUCGUGAUUCAGAACGGAGACUGCAAUUUCCGAUACAUCAUGGAGAUCCACAUCGUGCAACAAACCUAGCUCCAUUUCAGCGCCCACCAACAGUGCAGAUCCGGGAUCCUCAAGAUCGUUCCUUCACUCCUGGGCUAACUGUUCAAGCAUCGACUCCUUUAAGGCCAUCCUUGGGUCUAUUAACGGAAUUCCAGAAUCCACACCUUCAGCAAGCUCUCAACAUGAGGAUGCCCCAACUCCGGAAUCAAAUUCCAAACAAUGUCCGGCCAUCUUUAGGAUCCCCAAGAACUAUGAAUCAAGUAGGAGGUGGUGGAUAUGGCGGAGCUGCUUAUGCCACAGUGACAUCUAGUCAAUGUGCAAGAAUGAUGGUUACUUCCCAGCGAGCUGAGAUGCUAAAACAAUCUGCAGCCAUGUCAUUACUAAAUCAAACUUCCAGAUCUGCCCAUUCUCUUCAAACUACUCCUGAUGGGCAUAGGACAGCAGCUGCUGGGGAGGUGAGAAAUGUUGGAGGAAUGUCUCAAUCUGUUCCCACGUCUGCAGGUUUAGUAGAACCGUCAUUAGAGCAGAAUUGGCAGCCCACAGGUCGAAUGCGUGGCAGUCUUACUGGUCGAACUUAUUCUGAUGCUCUUGGCCAGUUACUUAUUCAGCCAACUCAAUCUGUACAAUCUGCUCGACCUUCAUCUAAUCCGACUCCUACUCCCCCCAGUACUGCAUCCACACAAGCUCAAAUGUUCAAUGGCAGGGACACACAAGUUCCAAGGACAAGAUAAUACCCGUUGAAGAAUUUCUUGCCCCUACAGUAUUGACUGGAUGUACAGGGAAAAAGGGUCAUGGAGACUAGAUGCCUAGAUUAAAAUGUCAAACUGGCCUACUGGAUGAGAUUGGCCUAUAUAGUUGGUAAGCUGAGAAAGCUAUCUGAAGCAAUGGAAUCUGAGAAGUCUGCAACAGUAAAGCCACCUGUUAGAAGAUGAACGACGUAAGGUAAAUUGAUUUUAUUUCAUGGGCCAAUAUUUUUUUUGUUUCUACUUGUUUUAGUCUCAAUACAGAACCUAAUUUUAUGCGAGAGAAAGCUAACCAAAUCACAAACUCUAACGUCCCUAAAUUUUUGUUUUAGUUAGCUGCAUUCUUGUAU